UUUUUCAUUUUUGGGGGAGGUUGAGGGACAAAUAUUAUAUGGUUCAUAUGAAAUGACACAACAAGAUUUAAGACAUUUCAAGUGACUAGUAUUUUGUGAAGUUUGGACAACAAAAUGAUGCUCUUUCUACUCUUUGUAGCCUUUCUUAUCCUUUUUAUUUUUCUUCUUUCCAAAGUCAAAAAGAGUAGCAAAAACAGUUUGCCACCAGGUCCUAUUGGCCUUCCAUUCAUUGGAAAUUUGCAUCAAUUUGAUAGUUUAACCCCUCAUAUCUAUUUUUCGAAACUUUCCAAAAAAUAUGGAAAAAUAUUUUCAUUAAGAUUUGGUUCUACUCCAAUAGUUGUAAUUUCUUCAGCAAAAUUAGCAAAACAAGUGUUGAAGACACAAGAUUUAGCCUUUUGUAGUAGAGCUUCUCAUCUUGGGCAGCAAAAAUUGUCUUACAAUGGUCGCGACAUAGUCUUUGCACCUUACAAUGACUCUUGGAGAGAAAUGCGAAAAAUUUGUGUGCUUCAUUUGUUCAGUCUAAAAAAAGUACAAUCUUUUAGACCGAUUCGUGAAGAUGAAGUAUCAAGAAUGAUCAAGAAAAUAUCUCAGCAUGUUGUCACUUCACAAAUCACCAAUUUGAGCAAUUUAAUGAUUUUAUUAAGUAGCAGUAUUAUUUUUAGAGUUGCUUUUGGUAUUAGGUAUGACGAAGAAUCAAAUGAAAGUAGGAGGUUUUAUUUUCUUUUUGAAGAAUCAGCAGCAAUGAUGACUAGCUUCUUCGUGUCUGAUUUUUUUCCUUCUUUAAAUUGGAUCGAUAAACUUACUGGAUUGACAAAUAGAGUUGAUAAGAAUUUCAAGGACUUGGAUGAGAUUUAUGAAGAACUUAUUAAGCAACAUCUUAAUCCUAAUAGGCCAAAAUCCAUGGAAGGGGACAUUCUUGAUGUUUUGCUCCAAUUGAAGAAAGAGAAAUCAACACCAAUUGAUCUCACUUUGGAGGAUAUAAAAGCAAUUGUCAUGAAUGUGUUACUUGCAGGAUCAGAAACUAGCGCGGCUGCAGUAGUAUGGACAAUGACAGCCUUGAUGAAGAAUCCAAAAGCCAUGAAGAAAGUUCAACAAGAAAUUAGAAAAUCAAUUGGGAACAAAGGCAUUGUGAAUGAAGAUGACAUACAAAAUCUUCCCUAUUUCAAAGCAGUGAUAAAAGAGGCAUUCAGGUUAUAUCCACCAGCUCCACUCCUAAUACCAAGAGAAACAAUGAAAAAAUCCACACUAGAAGGAUAUGAAAUUCAGCCAGGAACUAUAGUCCAUGUUAAUGCAUGGGCAAUUGCAAGAGAUUCUGACAUAUGGGAAAAUUCGGAAGAAUUUAUACCUGAGAGAUUCUUUAACAGUGAUAUCGAUUUUAAGGGACAAGACUUUGAGUUUAUUCCAUUUGGAGCGGGAAGAAGAGGGUGUCCAGGAAUUACACUUGGGGUUGCAUCCAUGGAACUUGCAUUGUCAAAUCUUCUUUAUUCAUUUGAUUGGGAAUUACCUUAUGGGAUGAAAAAAGAAGACAUUGACACAGAUGUUAAGCCUGGACUUACCAUACAUAAGAAGAAUGAUCUCUGUCUUGUCCCUAAAUGUUAUAUGUAGAUUGUAAGUCUUCACAAGUGAAUCUUGGACGAGUUCUGUAAGGUUAAUUAAAGUCGUUACAUAAGGCCACAACAUCUAUUAUUUACACGUC